AUGCACAGCAAAGAGCUCUGCAUACUAACAUGCAUUUACAGGCCAGAUAACAUAACCAGCAUCAUCAAUUUUCUCAAAUCCUUGUGUCCAACUAAAGAUAGCCCAGUUUCUGUUCGUGUACUUCACCUCAUCAAGAUCAGUGGCCGAGCCUCCCCGAUCUUCAUUUCCCACCAAAUGCAGAAAAAAACGGUCUCUCGGCGCUCCAUCUCCGGGAAUGUCAUUCUCUCUUUUAAGCACUUCCAGGAAAACAAUCCCGAUGUAGUUUCUGUAGAUGUCUUCACGGCAAUCUCUCCACCCAAAUUCAUGCACGAGGACAUAUGCACACUCGCAUUGGAUGAACUUGCAUGUUUUGUAGUGCUUCCGUUUCAUCAAAAAUGGCUUGUUGAUGGAUCUAUUGAAUCGGUGGACUCUACUCUAAGGACCCUGAAUUGUUGUGUCCUUGAGAGAGCACCGUGUUCUGUGGGGAUCCUCAUUGACCGUGGGAAUCAAGUAAAGUCCAUUUUCAGGGAAUCAUCAAGAGGGCCAUCCCUUCAUGUUGCUGUGAUAUUCUCAGGAGGCAACGAUGAUCAAGAAGCACUGCUGUUGGCUAAACGCAUGUCUCAGCAAAGGAACAUUGGCAUAACAAUAGUUCGAUUCAUUCCCUCAACUGAUGAGGUCGAAACUGACUGCAAUAACGUGCUUGACAUUGAGGCGUUGAAAUAUAUUAUGGAUGACUACGUAGAGCAUCCAGAAAUGAAUUACAUGGAAGAGAGGGUAAGCGAUGGACUAGAAACUUCAAGGAAAAUCCGAUCCUUGCUAGCUAAAUUUGACCUCUUUAUCGUUGGAAGACGGAAAUAUAUGGUAACACCACAAACAGCAGGUCUUGACGAUAUGAUUGACUACCCAGAGCUUGGUGUUAUUGGAAGCCUGCUCGCAUCAAUGGAUACAACUGAAAGAUAUUCAGUCUUGGUUGUACAGCAACAGGUAGCCUUGUAG